UCCUACCUCUGAACCUUCGCGUUAUAUUGCAGAAGAACCUUAAUACUACGAUGUCGGGACGCGGGAAGCAGGGCGGCAAGGCUCGCGCCAAGGCCAAGACGCGCUCGUCGCGCGCCGGGCUCCAGUUCCCGGUGGGCCGCGUCCACCGCCUGCUCCGCAAGGGCAACUACUCGGAGCGGGUCGGGGCGGGCGCGCCGGUGUACCUGGCGGCCGUGCUGGAGUACCUGACGGCCGAGAUCCUGGAGCUGGCGGGCAACGCGGCCCGCGACAACAAGAAGACGCGCAUCAUCCCGCGCCACCUGCAGCUGGCCAUCCGCAACGACGAGGAGCUCAACAAGCUGCUGGGCCGCGUGACCAUCGCGCAGGGCGGCGUCCUGCCCAACAUCCAGGCCGUGCUGCUGCCCAAGAAGACCGAGAGCCACCACAAGGCCAAGAGCAAGUAGUGGCCUACAUAAAACCUUUCACAGUAGUUGGAGCAAGUCGAAUCCAAACAAAAGGCUCUUUUCAGGGCCACCUAUGUUUUCUGGAAAGAGCUUGACAUGGUUGAUACUUUUACUAUUCUAGGUUGGAAGACCGCCAUAGAUUUAAAGCAAGUAACCCGCGGUAAUUGGAAACGGGCUUCAAACGUAUGUUGCUCAAUUGUUCACCUAGCCCCUGUGCGUCUACAGGAAGUUAUUAGAU